AUGCGUGAAGGAGGUAGGUCCAAUGAUGCUGGCAUACACAGCGCUUCUCAAGCGGCAAUCAGACAAGGUUAUUGGGCACAGUCAUCUGAAUCUUACCUUGAGUUGGUACGUUUGCUUGUGGAAGCCGACGACGAAUACGACCCUAUAGAACUUCUUUUGGAGUCCAACGAUGCCCGGCAUACCAAUGUAUACAGGAGCAUUGAGGCAUGGCCCAUUUUCUUCACACCCGCUUUGCUCUUAUGGCUUCUACAACAAUCAAGUGUCCGUAUACAAGACUUGAGUGUUGAGCAAUUCGUAAGCUUUGCCAUACGCAUUUGCUCACAAAGAGGCCAACGUUAUUCUGCGACUUUGGCACGAAUUCUGCUUGAAAGAAGAAAUGUCAUUUCGGAUCUGUGCUAUGCUAGAACUAUUGCUGGCGAAACGAUGAUUCACAGCCUCGCCGGACAAUUGGGAUUCUUUAUACGAGUUUCAUCCCUCGAAGGCUAUGACGUAGCCUUGGCAGAUCAUUGGGAUACUAACAGACGGCUAUCCAAAGUAGACAUUGAGCGAAGCUCCCUGCCUCUACAAGACCUUUUCACACUUGCUCGCGAACUCCUGUCUGCAGGAUCUGAAUUCAGUUCGCUCGCUUGGGUACAUGCGCCUCCACGGCAAUUCACGCCUCUGCUUUUCGUUUUUUAUGGGUUCUUCGAAGACUUUGAACUAUUUUGUCCCCGAUUCCCAAUGCAUCCACUAAAUGGAGCUACAAUUGCUAUCCAAGUGUGGCUACGCCUUCUUCAAUCUUUGGGCGUGAGUCUGAAUGACUACGGGAGAAGAGAGAAGUCAAUUCACGCUUGCUCGAAUGUUGGGAAGAAGUGGAAGUUCACGGGAAAGUUAUCUAUUCGUCAUCAUCCACAUGUCGUGUACAAACUGACUGGUUUUGAUUACGGCCCUCAAUUAUCAGAUUGGAGAUUCUAUAUCACAGAAGACAUGGGGCAUAUAGAUCGUUAUUUCCGCGACUUCUGGGAUAUGAUUGAUCAUCCGGAGCGAGCCAUGCCUGGCGCUUGGAUUGAAGAGUUUAAUGAGGAAAAUGAUUAG